AUGAACGGCGCAUCCGGCGACGACUGGAUGGGUACGGAUAUGCCCAACCCUGCGGACCUGGACAUGUUCGACGACAUCGCGAUGACCGAAGACGACCUCGAAGCUUUUGCUUCGACACACCCAAUGUUCGGAGAAGAAGUACAACCGUACCUGCCGUCCGAUCUGUACUUCGAUGUCGAGGCUCCGGCUGCAUAUGACUUGCUCGGCAACUACGACGCCCUGCCAAUGCCGGUCCUCGAGGAAGCUCUGCAACUACAAGACUAUGAUAGAGUCGUUGGCGCUGGUCCUGGUGUGCUCGCUACUCCGGCGCAAGCCCGCGCAUCGCCGUUCCAGCAAUUGCUGGCUGUGACGCCUUCCGCCAGCGGUCUAAGGGAGAUGGUGCCCCGCGCAGCGGCAGCCGCUAUUCCAGAAUCUGGGAGCCACGCUGCUUCGUUGUUCGGUGGCUUUCGAGUACAGCGACGGCUGGCAGCAGCUCCCAACCCUGGUGUGCUCCCUUCCAGCAACUGGGCACUCGACCUCCACACCCCUGUCUAUUUGCACGCAGCUGGAAACCAAAGCGUAAUCUUCCCAAUCGUGCUCAGCGUCGGGUACCUUCCAGCUGCGAACCAAGGAAAGCCGUGGAGGAUGGCCAAGGCCAAGGGCUGUAUGUACUACCCGUGGUCGACGGGUCGAAUCCGCUUCUGGGUCACGAAUAAGGCCGCCCAGUACCGAGAGAGGGGCGACGCCAAUAUCCCUCUGCAUGAGUAUAUUCGACAAGCGGUCAACGAUCUUGUAGCUCUGGUCCCGACUGUAUGGGGCGCAGUCCUGCAUCCACUCGACUCUGAGGCUACGCCGCCGUGCGUCGAUGUAACCUUAUGUGGCGGCCGCAUCCAGCUUUCAAUCGUCGAGAUACUGACGUACUUCCCGCUGCACACGAAGUGGGCUGAGAUCAUGGUCCGACUGAACGAGAGCGGAUGGGAUGUGCCGACAAUCCGGCGCUUCAUUAUGAUGGUUCGAAGCCUGCGAGAUCCGGACGUCAUCAGUCGAAUAAAAUUGUCGAAGCACUUGCGUAAAGCGAGGGAGUGGAAGCGACAGGCGGAGAAUAUCAACCGACCAACGAACUACACCAUGCGAGACAUUUCUAAAGACCAUGGCGGGCGUGGUGCCAAUAGCGUCAGAUCGGACUUCUAUCUCGUCGAUCUCGCAGAGGGAGUGACGACCCAUCCAGAGGGGACCGACGCUCGAGAACUAACUGCCGCUGUUGCACAUGCGAGGCGGAACCGACAUGAUUUUGUUAAGCUCAGCCAGCUGGAGCAAUACAUUCGACUUCACGAUCUACGGCCUCACAACCUUCCAGUAGUCAAUCGAGUCGCGGACCGGGCGGCUCGGGCGUACCACCUCCACGCCAUGAAGCAAUAUGCUCAUAACACGGUAUAG